AUGUCCGUUGCAAACAAGGUUGAAACUCUGAUCUUCUACCUGCUAGAGCACAAAAUAGGGGUUGCAAACGCUGAUGGUGGUGGUUGGAAAUGGCCAACAACGCAACAACUUACACCGAACUCUCAACCAAGUCUCCUCAAAAAGAGCUCGACUACUGGCGCAGUAGUCAACCUAAAGAAGCUGCUGAAGACGGUUAAACGCAUCUUCAACUCUUCAAAGAUGGAAGCAGCAACAGCAUCCGAGGUCGCUGUCAACUCCUCUUGUCCCACCGAGGAGGAACUCCAGAAUUUGUUGAACGAACAACUGGAAACAAGUCAAAUCGCUCUGUGCUAGAUGCAAUAGAAGACUUUUGAAGUUUCAAAUAAUCUGUGAUGGGACAACCUACAACUCCAUGGUCAAUAAAGGAGUUUGAUGGCUUUAAUUAUGAAUCUGUGAUGGCGAGACUACGAGACUGACAGCCUUUGACUUGCCUUGAGAAAGCUUUAACUCAGCUCUGCAGCUCUUGCAAUUGAUUCAACAAAAUAAUGAAUUAAAUAACAAUUAAUUUAAGAAAUGUAAAUAAGUUAUUUACAUAUAAUCAUUGUCUUCCAAUAGCUUUAAUCAUUG